AUGAGAGCCAAGGUUGAAGUCUAUGAGCCGGAGCGGUGCUGCAAGCGUAUCUCAGUCGAGCAGUGUGUCAAGGACUCCAAGAUUACAGCCAUCCCAGGCGACUGCACCAGCGGCGAGAAGAGGUUGCUGGAUAAUUUCCUCACAUCGGCCAUCCCAAGUAACAGCAGCAAUCACAGCAAAGCUCAGUGCAAAGCGCAGCUGUCCCAAGCCUUUGGAGCAAUCCAGAACUGGACCGCCAAUCUUUCGCUGCAUGGCUAUUGGAUCCACAGCCUGCACACCCUGCACCUGAGCGAGGUGAUCUCUGCCCAGCUUUUCGUGAGUGGCUUCCCUUUUGGUACGGGCAGCAUUGGCUCCCGUCUCUUUCGGGUCAAGCAGCGCGUGAAGCUUCUAUGGUCGGGGAUCAGCCAAGAAGAGCGAGUUCACUGGAAGAAGAUGAAGGAAGCUGGGGAGCUUAGCGAAGACACGGAGCUCGGCGCAUUGCUUCCCCGUGGUGCCGAGGGCCCCUUCGACUCCUGCGACUACCUUGUCACCGUCCUUACCUUCUGGCAGACGGCUUCCUGCAGCCUCCUGAGCAUAGAGAGGGACAAGCCUGUGCUGAUCCUCGUCAACAAAAGCGAAGAAGAUAUGCAAAAGACCGUUUUCUGGAACGUGGAGCUUGCAGCGUUGGCCACAAAUCCCCCCCUCAGCAAGAUCCAACUGGUUAGCUUUCACAUGGAUUGUCUCAGCUUGGUUUCCAAACUUUCGCGAAGGAUCGAAGACCUGGCAGGGAAUUCCCGUCCGGCUGAGCUGCGCUGGUCGGGCAUUACAGAGUUCACGUGCGAGCGUGUUGGCACCGAUGGUGCUGUGACAGAGAAGCAAGAGGAGUACCCUCCGCCGCUGUGGCGAGCGGAGCUCCUUCAGCGGCACAACUUGACUGCCAAGGUGUUGAAAGGAAAGGGUUUCGUGGCCGGCUGGCUCUUAUCCCGUGGCUUCAGCAUAAAGGAGCUCAAAGAUUCGGGUUUCGGAGUCCUGCCGCUCAAGGAUGCUGGGCAGACUCUCAAGGAUAUCAGGGAGGCGGGCUACUCGGCCAAAUCGCUUUGGGAUCUCGGCCAUUCGGGCGAGGAGCUGAGAGAAGCUGGCUUUAUGCCCAAGGAACUCUUGAGGGCUGGAUGGGGUGGAAGGCAUGAUACGGACAAGUUGGAAAAGGUGUCGAAGGGUACGAGCUCCGAACACCUUAAACAGCUUAAACAGCUGAUGAGCAGUCCUCCCCACCCUAGCCACCGCCCGUCCCUUCGGGAUCUUAAGGAGGCCGGAUUUUCGGCAGAGGUUCUCAAGGAGGUCUUCCCCUUCGAAGAGCUCGCGAGGGUUUUCACGCACCGUGAGCUUCAGGAGGCUGGUUUCGAGCUCGUGCUUUACAGGGCUUUCUGUGGCGACAAAGGGCUUGAGGUCGGCGCUUCGGCAGCAGAACUCAAGGAGGCUGGCUGUUCUGCUGCGGAGGUCAAGCAGGCCACCGGCUUCUCGGCCAAAAGGCUUGGACAGGCGGGCUUUUCCUACCGUGCGCUCAAGAGGGCUGGCUUGUUGGGGAAGCGCUGA